CGAUCAGUAGCAGUAGGAAUAUUACCUUCCAAUUUUCUUUCUUCUAAUCACUAUACCAAAGAAGUUUAAAGAGGCGGUGAGCAGAUUAUAAUAGGCAAAAUGGCAAUUAAUACUCGUGCUAUUUUGGUGGCUACAAUUGUCAUAUGUUCAUUGCUAGCUGCUUGUGAUGGUGAAAUAUUGUUGUCUAAUCUCAAGAAAACUCUUCAAGUGUCUGUUGAUCACAGAAAAGGAGUACUGAUGGCCGGGGAAGACACGCUCACAAUUGAUUGGUUCUUGAACAAAACACUCAAGGCAGGAAGAGACUCAAACUACAAGUCAGUAAAACUGCAACUCUGUUUCUCACCCAUUAGCCAAAAAGAUCGUGCGUGGAGGAAAACAGAGGACCACCUUAAAAAGGACAAGACUUGUCAAUUCAAAAUUGUGACCAUGCCAUACAAAUCCUCAAACAACAAUUACAAUUGGACAAUUGAGAGGGAUAUCCCAACAGGUACUUACUUUGUUAGGGCAUAUGUUUUGAAUGCUAAUGGUGAAGAAAUUGACUAUGGACAAAACACUGAUGACAAGAAGGUAGACAACCUUUUCGAGGUUCAAUCAAUUAGCGGACGACAUGCCACUUUAGAUAUUUGUUCUGUUGUGUUCUCUGUUUUUUCUGUUGUGGCCCUCUUUGCAUUUUUCUACAUGGAAAAGAGAAAUGCAAAGGCAAGUAAGUGAUGAGGACGAUGAUGAUGAAUGGAUGGAUCUACAUGUGUAUGUGUGAUGAUGUGGAACGAAAUUAAAUAAGCUCCUUUAUUUACAAUGUAUGGUAGACUAUUUUUAUAAGAUAAUGUAUUAAUUAAGUUUAAUACUUGAGUUUGAUGACUCAUCAUGUGUCGUGCGUGACAUUGUUAACUACCUUCUUGUUUUAAUUUAUACUGUGUACUUUUAUUUGAUGAUGCAAGUUUGUUUAUCAGUUUUUA